UGCCCGGCACAGCGGCGUCGCGAGUCGCGGCGUCAUCCGCAUGCGGAGAGCCAUGGCUUCGAACCUCUGCCCGCCGUCCCCGCUGCUCGUGCGGGUGUCGCAUCCCGGCACCCGCCUACCAUGGAAGCUGGAAAAGUACUUCCAGAGCCGAGAGUCGGGCGGCGGGGAGUGCAUCGUGCAGGCCCGGGACCGCAACGACCCCAACUCGGACACCUUCCGGGUGCAGUUCGUGCAUAGGGCGAGUAAGGAGGGAGUGUUGAAGAAAGGAAAGCACCAAAUUGUGGUUGACAACAAACCUGUGACUAUAUUCCUGGAACCCAAUGACAAUGCAGCAGAGAACACCAGGCUGUCUUCUUUGACACAGUCACAAAAAGGGGCCAGCCCUGGUGAGAAGCAUUCAAAUGAAAAGGACAUUUCUAGCGCUGUGGAUUCCUGUGUCCAGAAGAUCUUUCUAACUGUCACAGCUGAACUGAACUGUCACCUGUUCUCUAAAGAGCAGAGGGAACACAUCGCCAUUCUCUGCCCCAGUGUCGAGCGAGUGAAGGGCCAUGAAGGAAUUGAGAAAGUGCGUGGUGACUUCAGAGAUAUUGAAAAAAUACAUGGCUUCUUGAGUGAACAACUCCUGGAAAAGGAGCAGAAACGAGAAUCUUCCCCUUUGACAACAGAGAGGGAGCCACUCCAUCAGCAGGACGGGAACAGCUGUGUUUCUCCCUCUGAACCAAAAACCAGGUCGGAAGAAAAAAGCAACCGUUUUGAAGUUCCCUUGGCUUUCUUUGAAUACUUCACAUACACCUGCCCUGAUAAAAUAUACUCAAUAGAGAAAAUGUUUGGUAUAAAAAUUAAAACUCAGAAGAGUUCUCCGAAUAUGGUCUGUUUAGACAUCACCUCAAGUCAAUCAGGUAACCUCGAAGCAGCUUGCGAGUCUUUUGUCAGAGAAUUUCAGAAGCGUGUGAAGACUCUGAAGCAGGAAUGUGUUACCCUGGCAGACAGUAAGCAGGCACACAAAAUCAGACAGGAAUUAAGUCACCAGUUUACAAGGCUCCUUAUAAAGGAGAAAGGAGGAGAAUUAACUCUCCUUGGGACCACAUAUGACAUUGCAGCUGCCAAACGUUUUCUUGCCUCAGAAAUCUCUGAAAGUCUUGUCGAGGCACCUGUGAAAAUAUCGACUCCCAAGCACAUGAUGAAUGGAAUUGAGGUUGACACUGCUCACUAUAAGCUUUUAGAAGCAGAGUUACUCCAGGAGAUAUCACAGAUAGAAAAGAAGUACGACACUCAAAGUAGGGUUUUGGGAACAAGUCAGAAAACCUACAUUCUAUUUGAACCUAAAACCAAGGAGUUAGAUCUAUCUGUGCAUGCUUAUUCAAGUUUCAUUGAUGCCUAUCAACAUGUCUCAGGUCAGAUUAUGAGAGAAGUUCUUUUGCUGAAACUUUUGGACAAGGAGAGAAAGCACUUACAUGGGACCAAGUUCUCUGAUGACUUUCGAAAAAGGCAUCCAGGUGUAGACUUUGUGCUAAAUCAAGAGUCAGUGACUUUGAUUGGGUUGCCAAAUCACCUUACAAAGGCAAAACAGUAUGUCUUAAACAGAGGGGGAACGUCUCCAUUAGCUAGAGAGAAAUGGAAUGAAACACCCACGGACACGGAUAGUAAUGAUUCAAAAACAGCUUCACCAACAUCGCAGCGCUCUGCCAGUUCUGAGGUGUCAGAAGUGGACAAGGAAAAGGACAUAUGUACCAUCUGUUUGAACACCAUUAGUAACAGACAAGUGCUCCCAAAGUGCAAGCAUGAUUUCUGCAGCCCUUGUAUCAAGAAAGCCUUGUCAUAUAAGCCAGUCUGUCCUUUGUGCCAGACUUCCUACGGUGUCCAGAAAGGGAAUCAGCCAGACGGAAACAUGAAUGUCAUUUUCAAAAGAGACUCACUUCCAGGUUAUGAAUCCCAUGGCACCAUUGUGAUUACUUACAGUAUCGAAGGAGGCGUACAAACAAAAGAGCACCCAAACCCAGGAAAGAGAUUUUCUGGAAUAUAUCGAACUGCAUACUUGCCUGAUAACGAGGAAGGAAGAGAGGUUUUGCGGCUGCUUCGUAGGGCCUUUGACCAAAAACUGAUUUUCACAGUGGGAGACUCUCGAGUAUUAGGAGUCUCAGAUGUCAUUACGUGGAAUGAUAUCCACCACAAAACGUCCAGGUGUGGGGGACCAGAAAGGUAUGGCUACCCUGAUCCUGGCUAUCUGAAACGCGUCAAACAGGAGCUGAAGGAUAAAGGAAUUGAGUAAGAAGAGUAUUGGAAGGAUAAGUUGAGCCAAGCUUGCAAAAGGCACAGUUGAAGAAGCAGAGUAAAUUCUAAUCUAAAUCCUUAUGUAAAAACACCUUUAAAACUGUUUCAUCUCAAGAAGUGGUUUGUGGGGAAUUCCCUGGCGGUACAGGGGUUAGGACUCCGAGCGCUUCCACUGCAGGGGGCACAGGUUCGAUCCUGCGGUUGGGGAACUAAAAUCCUGGCUGCACAGCCAGAAAAAAAAAAAAAAGAAGUGCUUUGUGUAAGAGUAAGAAUCUGCUGGUCUGUCAUUUCUGGAGUGUUACAUUUCCUGGAAGAUCUGUGUAAUCUUGCUGCAGAGGUAGUGUGCCUCAUUCUCGUGUCAUCUUUGUGGAGGCUAGAGGGGUGGAGUUCUGUGGAUCUGAAAUCAUCUUCUGUGUUGUUCAGCUGAAGUACCAGCUGUCAGUGGAUCCUCCUUUUAUUGCCAUCUCUCGGGUAGUCCCUCAGUUUUGUCUGUUUGCUCUUUGAUCCCUACCCUAAAAGUAAAACCUUAAUGUGAAGGGUGGUCGGGUGGGAGGAAGGCUUUGGUUAUGGAAAAUUAGAGACCUCCGUUAACCUCCCUGCACCAUGGCCAGAGGAGUGGCCAGGACAGAGACUGAGCAACCUUGGUAAUAAAGGGAAUAAGGCUAUUAUUUUUGACAACACAGAGCCUGGUGAACAGUUGGUGCUUAAUAAAUGUUUGCUGCCUGACUCAAGUUGCUGGUAACCCCGCAGAGAAACAUGUUCCCUAAAUCUUUGGCAGAGGCAGGAGUAAGGAAGACAGCUCUGGAGUCCUCACCACUUAUUUGGGAAACGGAGUUUCUUACUCCAGAACUCAUGACCUCUGAACUCUGACCGGCCUCUAACUUUGUCCUUGCUCCCUGCUGAUUCCUAUAACCUGCCAUAUGGUGUGCACUUCCCCUGCCCUAGUAAUGCUACCCAUCUCUGAACAUUUUUCCCUCUGGAUAUAACCGUACUUUUUCUUUUUUUUUUUUGCGGUACGCGGGCCUCUCACUGUUGUGGCCUCUCCCGUUGCGGAGCACAGGCUCCGGACGCGCAGGCUCAGCGGCCAUGGCUCACGGGGGCCCAGCCGCUCCGCGGCAUGUGGGAUCUUCCCGGACCGGGGCACAAACCCGUGUCCCCUGCAUCGGCAGGCGGACUCUCAACCACUGCGCCACCAGGGAAGCCCUAUUGUACUUUUAUGUAUACCCCGCUUGCAGUUUUAACAGAUAAAUCACAGGAAUCUCCAUAGACUCUCAUGAGAAAAAUGAGAAAAAACCCUUUUCAUCCCUUUUGCUAAGUCCUACCACGUCAGUGCUUUCUCCCUGAAAAUAUGUCUCCCUAAAAUUGUCUGGACAGAGAAAAGGCUAGAGUCGUGCCUACCAUAAGGAAUACGGACAUGUCAAAAUUUACUUUUAAAUGGUUCCUCAAGUCAGAAGAAAGUUUUAAUAGCAAACUAUAUCUCGUUAUCCAUGUCCCAGCCUCUCUCCAAAAAUGAUGAAAGAGAUGUCAUUUUCUUUUCCUAAAGAUACGUGUACACACAGUUUUUUUGGUCAGACAGUAAUAGUUAAUAUUGUAUACUUAUUUUGUCCCCUUUAUGAGAGCUUUAUAUCUGUGUGAUUGAUACUAUUGGCAUCCCCGUUUCAUAACUGAGAAAACAUACACAGAGAGGAUAAGUACCUUGACAAAGAUCACAUAAUUAAUAAGAAGUUCUGGGAUUCGAAGGAGUUAGUCUGGCUCCAAGGCUUCUGUGCCCUAGAGCUGUACUGUCUCCUACAGGGGUCUUUUCCUCCAUGGAGGAGGCUGAGGACUCCUCAUUAUUCUGAGCUUCUCUCAGAAAUGGAUUCCUGCACAGUGCUCAAAGCAGAUUUCCUCUGAGGAAUUCCUGUUUGAAGAACUUAAAAACCCAGAAUCUUUUUCUUUGUCCAGAGAGUUGAGGAAGUUUAAGGUAAAUGAUAUGUCUUUUUAAAAAAAAUCAGAUUAGACAUUUAGUUUUUGGUGAUUCAUUAAAGUCUUAGCGUUAUGAUUGUUUUGUAUCUAUGGAUAUUUUAGCUAAAUUUGCUUCAAAAAAGCAAAAGUUUGGUCCCUGCUAAGGUCUGGAUCCUUGAUUGCAACGUGUACACAAGUUUCCUAGUGUGGUUGGUGAGCCUUUGGAUUACUGCUCUUGCUCUGUGGAAGGUAUUAUCAUUGAUAUCUGCUAUAAAUAAAGUUAUAUCCAUUUUAGGAACA